CCCCAUCUCUCCGCACCCUGCGCCCAGAUCCCACCUUUCGACACACACAAUGGCGACGUCGCCGCCGCCGGUCGAGGACCAGGCGCGUCUGCUCGAGGACGCGCUCGCCGUGGUCCGCCAGCAGACGAUGCUCAUGCGCCGCUGCCUCGAGACGCCCGGCAAGCUGAUGGAUGCGCUCAAGUGCAGCUCCACGCUCGUCUCGGAACUGCGGACUAGCAGCUUGGGACCUAAGCAGUACUACGAGCUCUACAUGUCCGUCUUCGAUGCCCUGCGCCAUCUUUCCGUCUACCUCCGCGAGAACCACCCCGUGAACCACCUCGCCGACUUGUACGAGCUCGUGCAGUAUGCCGGGAACAUUAUACCUCGCCUUUAUCUCAUGGUCACCGUGGGCACUGUAUAUAUGGCCAUUGAGGAUGCGCCUGUCAAGGAGAUCAUGAAGGACAUGAUGGAGAUGAGUCGCGGUGUCCAGCACCCAAUUCGCGGCCUCUUUCUGCGCUACUACCUUGCGGGGCAGGCUCGCGACUGCUUGCCCGAGGGAGACGGCGAGGGUCCCGAGGGAAAUCUGCAGGACUCAAUCAGCUUCAUACUCACCAACUUCGUGGAAAUGAACAAGCUAUGGGUACGGCUGCAACACCAGGGUCACUCCAGAGAGCGGGAGCAGAGGACCAAGGAGCGUCAGGAGCUGCAGCUCCUGGUAGGCAGCAACCUCGUCCGUCUCAGCCAGCUGGUCGAUCUACAGAACUACAAGAAGAUCUUAAACCCGUUAUUGGAGCAGAUCGUGCAAUGCCGAGAUGUCCUGGCGCAGGAAUACCUACUGGAAGUUGUUACCCAGGUCUUCCCCGACGAAUUCCACCUCCACACCCUCGACCAGUUCCUCUCCGCAGUCGCCCGCCUAAAUCCGCACGUCAACGUCAAGGGAAUCGUAGUCGGUUUAAUGGACCGCUUGUCUGCAUACGCGCAACGUGAGUCCGAGUCAGAAAGCCCAGACCAGCGCAAAAAGACGGAAGAGGAGGCGAUAGCAAAUCUCAUGGAGCAACUGAGGAUACAAAAGGAGCAAAAGCCUGUCGAAGAGGCGCCACCGGAAACACAGCAAAAUGGCGGUACGUCCGAGUCGGAAACUGCCGCCGAUUCCGCGUCGAUAGCAACUGGAACGACUGCUGCUGAGCCUCUCGAGUCCGAAACAUCCGAAGCGCCUGAAGCAUCCGAAGCCAACGAAGCAGCCGAGACAGACGGUGAGAUCGAAAAGCACAGGGGCAUUCCAAAGAACGUGAAGCUGUUCGAGAUCUUCCACGAACAAGUGGCGACGCUGGUGAAGAUGCAACGGCUUUCGAUUCAGGACACUGUUGGUUUGCUUGUUUCGCUAGCCAAUCUUGCAUUAAACAUCUACCCCGAGCGCCUGGAUUACGUUGACCAAGUACUGGCAUUCGCGAACCAGAAGGUCACGGAAUUUGCGAACAGUGCUGACCUGCACUCGCAAACCUGUCAAAGCCAGAUUCUUAGCCUCUUGCUGGCACCCAUCAAGACAUACGUAUCUAUGUUCACCGCUCUCGCUCUUCCUAACUUCAUUCCUCUUCUACAUAAUCAGCCAUAUCCCACGCGGAGGGCAGUAGCGGGCGAGGUUGCAAGAAGUCUGUUACGGAACCAAACGCACAUCACCUCAGUAGAAAACCUGGAGAGUGUCUUGGAGAUUCUCAAGGUCCUCAUUAAGGAAGGUAUGCAGCAGGCCACCGGUUAUCCCGGCGGUCCUAUUCAGCGGAGAGCGCAAGAGACAGACGAAACGAUAGAAGAGCAAGGCUGGUUAGCACGAAUAGUGCACUACAUCCGUGGAGCCGACAACGAUACCCAAUUCAAGCUCCUGCAAACUGCUCGAAAGGCCUUCGCGGAGGGUAAUGAACGUGUCAAGUUCACCACGCCAGCAAUUAUCACUGCCUCCCUAAAGCUUGCACGUCGGUACAAAGCUCGCGAACAUUUCGAGGACAACUGGCAAUCACAGUCAUCUGCCCUUUACAAGUUCAUGCACAGCACACUAUCGACACUGUAUACCAGGGUCACAGGCUCCGCCGACCUAUCGCUCCGAUUGUUCAUUGCUUGCGGACAAGUCGCUGACCAGAACGGCUUCGAAGAGGUCGCGUAUGAGUUCUUCGCACAAGCCUUCACAAUCUACGAGGAAGCCAUAAGCGAUUCAAGAGCGCAGUUCCAGGCGGUCUGCGUUAUUGCAAGCGCACUGCAUACUACCAGGAACUUCGGAAAGGAGAACUACGACACCCUCAUAACCAAGUGCGCGCUGCACGGAAGUAAGCUCCUCAAGAAGCCGGAUCAAUGCCGCGCGGUGUAUCUGGCGAGUCAUCUCUGGUGGGCGACGGAGAUCCGAGCUUUGGGCGAGGAGGACCCGAAGAAUCUUUACCGUGACGGCAAGCGCGUGCUCGAGUGUCUGCAGCGUGCUCUCCGUGUAGCGGAUGCCUGCAUGGACGCAGCGGUGUCUGUCGAACUCUUCGUCGAGAUUCUCAACCGCUAUGUCUACUACUUUGACCAGGAGAACGAGGCGGUCACUACCAAAUAUCUCAACGGACUCAUCGAGCUAAUCCACUCCAACCUCCAAUCCAACGAGAACGCGUCCGCGCUUGAGAACCCGAAACGACAUUUUCAGCGUACGCUGGACUACAUCGCGAGUAGAGAGUAUGAAGGUGUUGUUACGGCGCCCAAGUAGGACGUCGGAAUGGUCAGAGGGAAGAGGCCUAGUAAGGGGUGUUCGCCUCGCAUGGGGUUUCUUGUACUAAUAGCUUGCGAAGUGAGGAUCUGAGGCAUAGCGAUCGUGUCAAUGUUGUAGAAGGGUGGUGGGCCUGGAGAGUAGAUAAGAAAUUUCUGGACUGGAAACUCGAUGUGUGUGUACGAUGACAAGAAUGUGUUCCAUGUUGGUGCUUCUGGAGGC